AUGGGCUGGGCUUUGGUAUGCGGGCAAGCCCAUCUUCCUCGAAGAAACAAAAGAAUUGGUGAAAAGCACCACUCGGAGUUCCGAACAGCAACAACAAGAAUCACAUUACACUCGCCGCCGACGCUCAAGCCCGCCGCUCUCGGAGACUACCGCGGCCGUCCUCCCGCCGCCCCUUGUUCGCACGGCUCUCUCACAGGCUCACCCCUCAGUCAUCAGACGAGGAGGAAGAGAGUGACGAUGAAGGAGGAAGUGGAGAUGAGGAACAUGAAGAUGAUGACGACGAGCUUGGAUUUAAUGGACUUGAAGAUGCUGAUGAUGAAAAAUGGGAAAAUGCUAGAUGACAUUGAUAUGGAUGAAACUGAGGACAAUGAUGAUGAUAGUAAGAACAAAGAAAGUCUUUCUACGCAUGAGAAAGAGCUAGCAAAACUUCGUUCUCAGGUAGGCGUGAUGGAGAAAGCAAACUUGGGACCAAAUAUGCAAGGCGAGAGUCUGUCAACACAUGAAAAAGUGCUAGCAAGGCUUCUUACUCAGAUAGUGGAAAUGGGAAGAGCAAACUUGGAACCAAAGACAUGGACAAUACAGGGCUAUUCAAAUCCAGCGAAAGGGGAUGUAGCAAAAGGGAAUGUGGUCGGUGAUGAUCUGGUUAGAGGUAAGCAAUUCACGCCUGACGAAAAUGAAAUUGUCAAAGCCGCUGUUAACGAUUACAUGUUUAGUCACGACUUAGGCGACGAUGGUCUGGACAUGGUCCUCAACUGUAAAAAGCACCGCAAUGUGAGGGGCUGUUGGAAAGAGAUUGGGUCCGCAUUUCCAUACAGACCUUACACGGCCGUAUACUUCCGUGCUCAGUGGACGAAGCUGGCAGCCGAGCUUGGCAAGAACAGAUUUCACGUGAGGGACACGUGGCGGAGGAUAAAAACGGCCAACCGCAAGAAAGGGCACUGGUCACAGGAAGAGUACCAGAAGCUGUUUGACCUUGUGAACAUCGACUUACAGGCGAAGCUUCAAGAAGACAAGAAAUCCAAGUAUGGGAUGCUACGUGACAAUAUCUGCUGGACGACGAUUAGUGAUGAGCUGACAACACGUUCUCAGGCGGUUUGCUGUAUCAAGUGCCUGGACGCGACUUGCAUGGAGGAUGUGGAGUGGGAUGGUGUAGUGGAAGGAAGGAGUGGAGAUGUUUGCCGAAAGCGUUGGAAUCAUAUGGUCAUGCAUUUGGGGUGUAAUGGGCAUAAGCCGUUUGGGGAGCAAGUCGAGAUCUUGGCUCAAAGAUACUGUCCGCAUCUGCUGGAAGCGAGAGAGACUUGGGACAAUAAGCCGAGAGUCCCGUGA